AAGAGGGUGUGCCGUUGCAAAGGUAAAGUUUCUAACCCCCCACCACUAUCCUGAUUUUGGCACAUGGAGAAAAUAGAUACCAUAAGGUCUCGCGUAAUAAUUGCCCGAACUCUUUUGUUAUGAAUACUCUGAAAAAUGGAGGGCAACAUGAGUGACUUUGGGAGUGAAGAUGAGGAUGCAGAAUUUGCCCUCUAUGCCCAAUUGUAUUUUGAGCCAAAUGAUAUAACCGUGGAUGACAUUCCUAAAAGAACCUUGUGUGAACUAAGUAAAUGUCCCCAAAUUGGUGUGACUGAGAAGCAAAAGAAAGACUUCUGCAAAGAUGAUGAUGAAAGAACUUAUGACCAGGUGGGUGAAGAUCUGGAUAAAAUUCCAAAUAAUGGAAGUCACCUGGAAAGUGUGACAGAUACUCUCAAAAGAAAAUUAAACACAGAAUGCAAUGGUAGUAAGUGCCAUCAAGUGAGUGAUGUUCAACACAAAAGUCAGAAUGGUCUUGAAACAAAGUCCAAAGACUUAAAAUUUGAAGGAAAACCUGUUGCUUCUGACCAGUUUAACACAUCCCAACAAUUAAUGAUCAGUAAAAGUGAUGGUCUUGUAGGGUUGUCAAAUUUACCCUUGAGGAGGAGAAAUUCAAGCAUCUGUAGUGUAGAUAGCAUAUCAGGGAAAGUCCCUCUUGAUAAUUUAUAUUGUAAUGUCUUUGAUUCUCUUGCUGAAAAGGAUGAACUUGAGGGAGAAUUAUCUCCAAGCAAAAUAGUGAAGGGUUUGAAGAAAAAGAAGGUGAUUACUGGAAAGAGGAAAAAGUCAUCGAGUUUGAGUGAUUCCAGCGAUGAAGAAGAUUCCAGAUGCAGAAUUUUGAAGGCACUAAAUAAUAAGAAAGGGAAGUUUGGGAAGGGUGGUAAAGGUCUAGAGAAGAUGAGUACCAAGAAGAAAGGUCUAGAUAAGAGGAGUGUCAAGAAGAGGAAGGCACUGGAAGUAGUGACCAUUGAUAGUGAUACAAGUGAAAACUGCAGAAAUCUGCCAGCAUGCCAAGAAGCAAGUCAGGUUGUUAACGGGCAUGAUGAAAUACAGGUGAUUGGAUCACAGGACAAAAAUGCUGUAUUCCCAGGCAUCCAGGAACUAGACAAAGAAAAGAGAUAUUCACAGCCUGCCAGAGUUGUAGUUAUUUCAACAGCAGAGGAUCAUUUACAUAACUCCAUAUCUGUUUCAAAAGCAGAUCAUUCAGUUAAUUCUGAAUUGGUUCUUGAAUCAUCCUCUUCAUCAUCAUCAUCUGACAGUGACUGUGUUAUGUAUAUGAAAGAAAGCCCAAAUCUUGUUAUGAACUUUGUUAAAGAAAGCAACCCCAAGUUGAAGCAGAAAGUUACUGGUAAAGAAAGGAACCCGAAGUUGAAGCAGAAAAUUACAGGUAAAGGAUGCAAUCCCAAGUUGAAGCAGAAAGUUACAGAUCAGAGCAGACAGUUGAGAACAUUUGAUUAUACCAAGAGAAGACCAGCAACCAAGAAGACCCCCUCUUGCACCAAAUUCACACCAGAAAUGGCAAGCUUUUAUGAUUCAGAUGAAUCAGAUUUUUUUGACAUAGAAGAAAUUCAUGACCAGCAGUCCGGUCUGAGUAGUGACUGGAAAAUUAUAUCAUCAGACUUGUAUGUCACACCUAAAAAACGGUAUUACAACCAAGAAUCCAAGUGCACACUCUGUAGGCAGUGGGGCCAUACUAUAUCAGAAUGCUCCAGAGUUCAAUAUUGCCAUAUUUGCUCUGGGACAGAUCAUGUCCGACGAGAACAGUGUCCCAGUAAUUGCUGUUUCAGGUGUGGUGGACGUUUUCAUGGCUUUUUGGCAUUGUUCUUACCAAUCAGCCCAAACGUUGUGAUGUGCAUUUAUGUGGGAACCAAAGAAAGAUGGCCACACUGA